AAGUGGACAAGGGCUGUAUGAGUUGUGGCUGAAGGAACAGUGGCCGAAUAGCUAGGGUCAGGGGCUGAGAAGCGACGCUGGCUUAGAAAUUGGAGACACCCUUGUAGGGACCUACUUGUGAUCGCCAAGGAAGGAUCAGGGUGGCAAAGGCUCAUGCCCCCAUUGUACAGCUUAGCCAUUUCAGCGCUCUACCCUUCCCUAGAAGAGGAGCACAAAGGAAGAAGGAGUGUCCACCAUUUUCCUCACAGUCUGAUCCCAGAUUUUUUCUUCCUGGAAAGCCUGAUCUUUGACCAGAUGGCAAUAACAUUUGAAGAUGUGACUAUUAUUUUUACUUGGGAGGAAUGGAAAUUCCUGGAUUUGUCUCAAAAAAAGCUCUACAGGGAAGUCAUGUGGGAGAACUACACAAAUGUCAUGUCAGUAGGAAACUGGAAUGUGAGCUUCAAACCCCAAGAAGAAAGAUUCAGAUAUUUAGAAUAUGAAAAUUUUUCCUGCUGGAAAGGCUGGAGGAAUGCUGACACUCCGAUAUAUGAGGAUCAGAGCUGUGAAGUAACUGCUCAGGAAGUAGAUUCCAAAGACAUAACACAGCAAGACCUUUCCCAGUGUCAAGAAUGGUUAAUACUCUCCACACAAGUACCAGGGUAUGGGAAUUACAAAUUAACUUUCGAAGGGAAAAAUCCCAGGAACUUAAAAUAUAAAAAAUUUAUACCUUGGCAGUCCUUAGAAACAAAAACCACUUCAGACUGUGGUAAAGAAAUCUACAUGAGUGAUUCACAUGGUUUUCAAGGGGGCAGGUACCAUCUUGGCAUAUCCAGGAAGAACCUCUCCACUGAAAAAGAACAGAAGCUUUUAGUUCAGCAUUCUUAUAUCCCAGUGAAGGAAGCCCUUCCAGAGUACAUUGGGGAGAUUUGCCAAAAUGACCUCUUGAAAGACUCAAUGGGAAAGAAGUAUUGUGGAUGUAAUAAAUGUAGUGAAAUUUAUUAUUGGAACUCACAAUGUAUUCACAAGGGAAAUCAGCUUGUAGAUAACCUCUAUCAUUACUCCAUCAGCACAGCAGUCUUCUCUCAUAGAUCAGACUUAUAUAGACAUCCAAGAAUCUAUGUAGGUAAAAAGCUGUAUGGGUGUGAUGAAGUUAACAGUAACUUUGGUCAGAGCUUAGGAGUUCACUUUCAUCAGAGAAUCUGCACGGGGGAGGUACCUUACAUCUGUAAUGCAUGUGGUAAGAGCUUCAGUCAGAUCUCUAGUCUUCAUAAUCAUCAGAGAGUCCACACAGAAGAAAAACUCUAUAAAUUUGAGUGUGAUAAGGACCUGAGUAGAAAUUCAAUUCUUCACAUUCACCAGAGACUUCACAUGGGAGAGAAGCCUUUUAAAUGUGAUCAGUGUGGUAAGAGUUUUAGUCGGAAUUCAGUACUUCAUGUUCAUCAAAGAGUCCACACAGGAGAGAAACCAUAUAAGUGUGAUGAGUGUGGUAAGGGCUUCAGUCAGAGCUCAAAUCUUCGAAUUCAUCAGUUAGUACACACAGGAGAGAAGUCCUACAAAUGUGAUGAUUGUGGCAAGGGCUUUACCCAGCGUUCAAAUCUUCAAAUUCAUCAGAGAGUGCAUACAGGAGAGAAGCCUUAUAAAUGUGAUGACUGUGGAAAGGACUUUAGUCACAGCUCAGAUCUUCGCAUUCAUCAGAGGGCUCACACAGGGGAGAAACCCUAUACUUGUCAUGAAUGCGGGAAGGGCUUCAGCAAGAGUUCAAAGCUUCACACUCAUCAAAGAGUACAUACUGGAGAGAAACCCUAUAAGUGUGAAGAGUGUGGCAAGAGAUUUAGUCAGCGUUCACAUCUUCUUAUUCAUCAGAGAAUCCAUACAGGAGAAAAACCCUAUAAAUGUGAUGAUUGUGGCAAAGGGUUUAGUCAUAGCUCUAAUCUUCACAUUCAUCAGAGGGUCCACACGGGAGAGAAGCCUUACCAAUGUGCUAAGUGUGGUAAAGGUUUCAGUCAUAGCUCAGCUCUUCGAAUUCAUCAAAGAGUUCAUACAGGAGAGAAACCUUAUAAAUGCCAUGAAUAUUACAAGGGAUUUGAUCAGAAUUCACAUCUUCACAGUAAUUAUAGAAGAGAAAGUGUAUAA